GUAACUGGGGAUUAUGGUCAAGCUGGACAACAUGUAGUUCUAGUUGUAACUCUGGUUUUAAAACGAGACACCGCCUCUGUAAUUAUCCAGUACCAUCGUUUAAUGGUUCAUACUGUCACGGGACGUCCUUUGAAGUACUUAACUGUAGUAUUGCAAGGUGUAGAGUUGAUGGUAAUUGGGAUACGUGGAGUCUAUGGUCAGUUUGCAAUGCAACUUGUGAUGGUGGUGUAAUAGAGCGUACACGGAAUUGCAAUAAUCCAUAUCCAUCUGCUGGUGGAUCUACAUGUUCAGGGAUGGCCGAGGAAACAUUACUUUGUGCUGAGAGUAAUUGUCCUGUCAAUGGCGACUGGUCAGAAUGGAAUGGAUGGAGCUUGUGUUCGACCUCAUGUGGAUCGGGGAACAGGACAAGGACCAGACUUUGUGAUAAUCCACCCCCAUCUUAUGGCGGAAGCUUUUGUAACGGAAAUACUUCCGAUCUGGAUUUUUGCAAUCCACAUGAAUGUCCGGUCGAUGGCAGCUGGAGUGGAUGGUCUGCCUGGAAUACCUGUAGUGAAACAUGUAAUGGUGGAAUUCAGGAUAGAACUCGGAAAUUUGAUGCCCCUCAACCAAUCAAUGGAGGACUUUACUGCAAUGGACCAAUGAUAGAAAGUCGUCCAUGUAACAACAUGAAUUGUGAAAUUGAUGGGAACUGGGGAACGUGGAGUAUAUGGUCAGUAUGCAAUGCAACGUGUGGUGGUGGUGUGAAGAAACGUACACGUAAUUGCAAUAAUCCAUAUCCAUCUGCUGCUGGAUCUCCAUGUUCAGGAAUGGUAGAAGAAUCAUUACUAUGCGCCGAGAAUAAUUGUCCUAUCAAUGGCGGCUGGAUAGAAUGGAAUGGAUGGAGCUUAUGUUUGACCUCGUGUGGAUCGGGGAACAGGACAAGGACUAGACUUUGUGAUAAUCCACCCCCAUCUUAUGGCGGCAUCUUUUGUAACGGAAAUACUUCCGAUUUGGAUUUUUGCAAUACACAUGAAUGUCCGGUUAAUGGUAACUGGGGUAGUUGGUCUUCCUGGAACAUCUGUAGUGCAACAUGUGACGGUGGAAUUCAGGAUAGAACUCGAAAAUGUGAUUCCCCUCACCCAAUCAAUGGAGGGCUUUACUGCAAUGGAACGAUGAUAGGAAGUCGUCCAUGUAACAAUAUUAAUUGUGAAAUUGAUGGACAGUGGGGGACAUGGCAGGAAUGGGAAGCAUGAAAUACCACCUGUGGAAACGGAUUUCAACAACGAAUACGGAAAUGUGACAGUCCUUCUCCGUACUUUGGUGGAUCGGAAUGUAUUGGACUUGAUUUC